AUGCUGACCGCCUACUUAACAAGUAGCUAUUUGCAAUACAAAACGGACACAAAUGUGGUGGCAUCUUGGCUUGCAACGACUGCCAAAAAGCUUGGCUGUACGGUGGACCUUCUUGUAAAAUCUCCAGAGGGCGAGCAAAAACACCAGCAGAAACAACCAACAGGGAGACUCAAGGGGAGAGUUAGGAAGGCAGCUCCUGAAGCAUCACACCCUCCAGAGACCGAGCGUUCCAGUCCAUCCUCUAAAGCCCCAGCACGUCUAAUUGCGAUUCAGGACUUUGUCCGUCUUGCCGAAUAUAUUGCGAACCAUAACAGCCCUGCAGUCACUGUACCUGAGUACUUUGUCCGUUCCAUAACCCGGGCGAUUGCAGUUCGACGAAGCCAUGGCGAGCUAGUCUUCCACAAAGACAAACGAUCCGAUCAAAAGCAUACUUUCUUCAUCUCGAUUCUAGAAAGGGUAUCAGACAUACUGCGUUCUCAGAUACCCUCCGAUCUGAAACAGCCACCGUCAAGUCCUACGGCCGAUGCCAGUUCAACCAACGCGUUUGACGUUCUAGGCGUUCAAGAGCCGUCCAGACAAUUUUUGCAAGCCCCAAAUGUCUCUCCAACUCCCGUUCAACAGCUUCCCGAUCUUAACUAUGAAGCUGAGAGAUUUGAUGAUGCCGAAGAAGCCUUUCUUGCAUUUACGCUUCUUCUGACAGAUUAUAGCAACCUUCGCUCAGUGAUCUCCCAAACUUGGGAGGGCUAUCGCCAAGGGCUCUAUUUUCUUGAUCUCUGCUCCCGCCUUGGGGAAGACCAGGAUACUAAGGAGUAUCCAGACGACGAAAUGAACUUCCGCAUCUACGAAUCAUCGCAGACAUUCAUGUUGCCCACCUAUCAGAUUCUGCGAGGAUUUAUCGACAUGCUUGAACCAGAUUACCUUCCGGAGUACAAACCUGGGUUCUGCGGGAAAUACGAUCCCGUCAGUGACCGAUCAAAGAAGACAGCACGCGAAAAGUUCAGGGAAGAUAAAAUCCUUCUUAUGGAAAUACUCCCAGAGUUCUGUAUGAUUUGCUUGGGAUUAGUGGGUGACGUCACGGAAGAUGGGCUCACCCGGGGUCUCCGGACGGCUUUCAAAACAAAAAAGAUCUCGCUGUCACUUUUGCUCUCGACACAGGUUUACUUAGAUAUCCAUCACAUCUUGCGGGAUGGGGUAUCAAGAGGUUUUGAUGAUCUACAAAAGGUCGGACGGGUGAUUGGCAAGUCCAUUGAGUUGACAUUGAAGUUUCACGAGUCGCUCCGAAUCAUGAAUUGGCCUCGAUCAAACGAUAAGGCUUUUGAGGGAUUGCAACUACAGAUCCAUGACUGGGUUAAAAAUGAUGCCAUGAUGGAAGCAAAACGAAGGGUAGGGCGCCUCUCAGGGGACGCUUUUCAACUUUUGAGGUCUCACCCACUCUUCUGCGGCUUGUAUGCAUACAAUCUCAAAGCGCGCUAUCAAGAAAUUAGCAUUGUCUUUGUCAAUGCCUGGGGCUCGAUUUUGUAUACCUGUCACUUGUACAAUGCUGCGCAACAGGAGAAGCUCCUCCAGAAGGAGUGGAAGGACAUGGAGAUGUUCAUGCACUUGCAUCGCAAUGUGUUUGUGGGGAGCAAACCCGACAAUCCCGAAGAUUAUCUCAGACGAUUCUCCUUGUCUAUGGGUUAUUCCGCCACGGCUUUCGCCAAAAGCAAGCGCAGCAGAGAGCUGCAAGCUUCUAAGAGAGGGCCGAAGUGCAUUGAAGAACUCGCACCUGUAGCGCAGAUGUUCAAAGGUCGCUACUGCUACGACCUUGGCCAAAUGGAUCUGACAAAGGAUGAUUUGGAGAAAAUAGUUUCCAAAUCGAAGUGGAAGCAGGACGAAAUUAGUGAAGGUGUUUACCAGCUUUCCCUAGAUGAAACCGCAAAGGAAAAUCGAGCGACGACCACACCGCAGCGUCAACUCACCCUCACAGAGCUCUUGGAACAUCUUCGGAACGCACUAGUAGGCGAGACGCUGGAACUUAAUUUCGACCAUUUGUUCCUGCAUCGCCUUUGUUGGACGCUUCUCCGUUCAAUUAAUGAAUCUUGUAGAGAACAGCUCCAAGCAAUUUACGGAUCCGGAUAUCUGGGAGUAGAAAGCCAACUUCCCUUUAUAGUCGGCUACAUCUUCAUGGCCGCAACAAAUACCAAAAAACUAGGCGAACUUCUUGUGCAUAAGAAGUCUGACGUGGUGACAAGCAAAUUGCUAGUCGCGGCUGCCGCUCGCAUGGAUGGAUAUAUUGCGCAAAUUGGAACGGCGGUAAUCAAAUUCAUGGAACUGGGGUACCGUAUGCGGGUGGUAGAUGAAAGUCAGUCCGAGUCAAAUGAGGUUAUCGCCUCUUAA